UCUCCAUCCUCAAACCCACAUGGAUCAUCUCAAUCUUACAAAAAGAGGAAUUCUUUCCCACACUAAAUAGCACAGGCUUUGAGUGGUGAUGUAUUGAUCUGUGAAUUGUGCUGCUUUGGGUUCUGUCUCACUUCCUAACGCUGCUCUGUCUCAUGUCUUUUAGGUGAAGCCAGUGAUGACAGAAUUACGCUUUUCAUAACGUCUGCCUACAACCCUAUUUGGAUAGAUUUUGACUAACCUACAAUGCUUUAUCAAAUAUGAUAAAGCACUCAAAGGGUCAGCAAAGUGAGCACACCGUGUGUAAAUCUAAACCUCUAAAACCAUCUGAAUGUUUUGGUUUGAAUUCUUUUUUUCCCCUCAUUCUUAAAAUUUCCACAGUGAGAUAAGAAAUGGCUGAAGGAAAAGCGCUUUCAUGACUGGUUCUUAGCUUCUCUAAAAUCACAUGAGUGAGCUGCUUUGGACAUGAUCAUCUACACCAGUUCAGUUUUAAGCUUAUUUCUGUUGUUGCAUUAUAUCUGAGAGGAGCAGAACUACAAUAAAUACCCGCUAAAGGACAAGUUUGUGUGAGGCAACACUAAACUCCAAGAUGCUCCAGACUAAUAAUUAUUCGCUGGUGCUGCUGAUUCAGCUUUCUCUACUUGCCUUCGACCUCUUUGUCAACUCUUUCAGUGAACUUUUAAGAGCAGCUCCAGUCAUCCAGCUCGUGCUGUUCAUAAUCCAGGACAUCGCCAUCCUCUUCAAUGUCAUCAUCAUUCUGCUGAUGAUGUUCAACACGUACGUGUUCCAGGUGGGACUCCUGUCUCUUCUGCUAGAGAGAUUUAGAGCGCUGCUCAUCCUGUCUGCUGUCUACCUCACACUCAGCAUCUGCCUUCACUGCUGGAUCAUGAAUCUGAGGUGGAUGGAUUCAAAUCGUUUCAUCUGGACAGACGGCUUGCAGGUGCUCUUUGUGUUCCAGAGACUAGCUGCAGUUCUGUACUACUACUUGUACAAGCGCAGCAUUGAGUACCUUGGAGAUCCCAGACUGUACGAGGACUGUGCCUGGCUGCGGGAUGCUUUCGCUCGGGCACGACUAUGAUCCCGGUCUAAGGAACAAUAUAAAAACUGCAGCACGUUCAGGAUGGAGCCUACUGAUCUAGACCCAGUACUGGAACUAGAGCUAAGAGACUCACUUAGCAUACUAAUGGAGUGUUUUACUCAUGGAUUACUCCUUGGAAGACCUUACAAGAAGCACACCAAACUCAGAUAUUCUAUACAUUUUAAAAAUGAGCCAUAUUUUAAUAUAUGCUAAAACACAGCGCAUAAAAUAGACCAUGUUUUAUUAUUUCCAUGUUACUAUUUUAUAUUUUGACUACACGCGCUGCAGCAAAUAAAAGGCAUAGUUUGCACACUAGUCUCAGGCCUGAGUAAUUAAUUGUCCUGUAUAAGAUGAUGUUAUAUAGGUAAUUUUUUUAAUGAGAUUUUGUAUUGUAUUGACAGAAAUUCUGAUUAAAUCCUGAAAAAAAUAAUUGGUGAACAAAGAGUGAGCGAGUUUUGAUUUAUUUAAGACAUUUUAUACUUUUUAGGUAUGUUUUUUUUAUCUGUUCAAAAAGAUUCCUCAGACCCACACUGGUUUUCAGCAUUUUUAAAGUGCAUUCCAGAACGCAGAAUAGUACAGUAUAGUAUAAGGAGAAUAGUAUAAGGAUAUACCUAUUUAGUGUGUGUUCAGGACCCGAGUCAUUAACAUGGCUGCAGUAGGCGAGGAAAAUCAUCUCCCUGUCGACAUACUGGUGCAUGGACUAUUUCACAAAGGAGGCCUAAGAGAGGGAGGAAGACGUACUAUCUACGCAUGUGAGCAGGCAAAGCUGUGCUGUUCAGAAUCAACCCCAGCCCCGUGAAAAGGACAAUGCUUCACAAAUCUUAACCACAUACUGUAGAUCUAAAACAAUGGAACACUAUGGAAGAACUACUUCGACCAACUGAACAUCUGUUAGCCUAUGCGAAUGUAAUACUGAAUCAAGACACAUAGCUAGCGCAAGACCAUAACAAAAUACAUGGUGGAUACUACUUCAAAACUUUGACUACAACUUAGUACUACUGCAUGCGUCCACUAUCUCUCUGUGAAUGCUGUGAGUCAGGUAGUCAUCGUGAAAACUUAAUCUUGGAAGAUUUACUUCAGUAUCGGACAUUUAACAUUAUCACUAUCUCAGUCAAUGACUUUGAAUCGUGAAACUCGAAGCUAACAAG